GGGUCCGAGUAAACAUACGGAAGAAUUAGGCAGUAACACCAACAAAGGAAGUGUAGCGCAACACUAAGAUAAAAGCGAGACGUUUGCUUAAUAGACACGACUUUUACAAAAGAUUAUGGCGGAACCUGAAAUGGUGAUUGAUUGGGGAGCUUGUGUCGCGCGGGAAGUGGAGGAUUUGGCAAAGAUGAGACCUCUUUUGACGAACGUCCACGUUGGUCUUCCUCCCCCUGUGGCGGACCCCGCCAGGAUGUCUCUCGUUAGAGGAGACUAUCAGUACUUCCACUACGGCUGCGAUGGACAAGAUGACCGAGGAUGGGGGUGUGGAUACCGCACCGUCCAGACUAUGGCCUCCUGGUUGGGCCUCAACAUGAAGGUCGAAACAAGACCUCCACCCAGCCUCCAGGAGAUCCAGCAAGCAUUGGUCUCCGUCAUGGACAAGCCAGGCUCCUUCCUGGGCUCAAAAGAGUGGAUUGGGACAUUCGAAGCAUCCCUGGUCCUGGAUUAUCUUUUUGGUGUUCCCUGUAAACUGGUGCAUGUCAGAGGUGGCGGGGGGGAGUUGGAGAAUGUCGCUGUGGAAGAGGUCCAUCAGCACUUGGCCAGGCGCGGAUGUCCUGUCAUGAUGGGGGGCGACAGGGACAACUCAUCCAAGGGCAUCCUGGGUGUGUGUACUGGGGCCAGUGGAAGUUACCUGCUGGUUGUUGACCCCCACUAUUACGGAGGUCCGCUGGGAAGGGCGGAGACACAACGGCGUGGCUGGGUGGCGUGGAAAAGUGUAUCAUCUCUAAAUCAGUCUUCUUUUUAUAAUCUAUGUUUACCUCAGACUGCCACAAUAGUCCCUUAAACAUGAUUCGGCCUAACACCAGCGUCAGGGCUUAGUUUGAUCAUUUUAUAUUGUAGGGCUCCACGAUUAUGCACGAACGUGAAUCGCAAUUUACCCGCUCUGAUUUAGAGUUGCAUUUCUCUAGAACAAGGGUGUAAAACGUAAAACCUGUCGAGCCCGCGGGAUGAGUUUACUAAGUACACAAAUGAGCCAAAUUGUUUAAAUCAGGGGUGUCAAACAUACAGCCCGAGGGCCGGAUCAGGCCCGUGAACAGGUUUUACCCGGCCCGCGGGUUGAGUUUGCCAAGUAUAAAAAUUAAACUGAAAUGUUUGAAUGAAUGAAACUGCUGUUCUAAAUGUGUCCACUAGAUGUCGCAAUAGCAAUUCUUUGUAUCUAUGUCAGUGGUUCUUAACCUUGUUGGAGGUACCGAACCCCACCAGUUUCAUAUGGGCAUUCACCGAACCCUUCUUUUGUGAAAAUGAAAUGGUUUUUUUUUUCAAAUUCAAGACAAAGUUGCAUGUUUUUGGUAACACUUUAGUAUAGGGAACAUAUUCUAAGUAACAACGACUUAAUUUAGAGUUAUUUGGACAGUAGGGGAACAUAUUCUAAGUAAUAAAGACUUAAUUUAGAGUUAUUUGGUUAGGGUUCUAAUAAGGCCAUGCCGAAUAAGAUAGAUAAAUAGUACUUUAUUGAUUCCUUCAGGAGAGUUCCUUCAGAAAAAUUUAAAUUCCAGCAGCAGUGUACAGAGUUGAGAUCAAUUUAAAAAAAAGUAAAUAAUGGGGGUUUAAAUGGAAACAAAAUAAAGAAAUAUUACAAUAACAAUAAAAAAUAAAAAGCAACAAUGGUAAUAAAAAUAUAACAGUAAAAUAAGAAUAUCACAAAAGAAAGUAGGCAGUAGUGACCAGGUUAUGAAAGCGUAUUGCACUGUUAUUGUUUUGCAUCCCCCGCCCAAUAGAGGAGUUGUACAGUCUAAUGGCGCGUGGGACAAAGGAGUUUUUUAGUCUAUUAGUCCUGUACUUGGGAUGAAGCAGUCUAGCACUGAACAGGCUCCUCUGGCUACUGAUAACGCUAUGCAGAGGGUGACUGGCAUCAUCCAGGAUGCUCACUAGUUUGUCCACAAUCCUCUUCUCUGCCACCAUCACCAGUGAGUCCACUUUCAUUACGAUAAGGCAUUAAUUAGCACUUAAUGACUAUUUAAGAGCCAAUAUGUUACUAAUUUGCAUGUUAAUAAGCAACUAAUUAGUGGUGAAUAUGUUCCCCAUACUAAAGUGCUGCCAUAUUUUUUUUACUGCUGCACAAAAUCAACCGUGCAUGAACAUCACCUUGUUCAAACAACAAAACUAAGACAGUGCAUAAACUCACAACAAAUUACAUACCUGCAAAUCAGUCAGCUGUUGCCGUAUCCGUAAUAUGCCAACAGGGAGAAGUUUGUAUUUACACAAAGAUUCGGGUGUGUUUUGACCUCGGCCGAACCCCUGAGGUCGACUCACCAAACCCCUAGGGUUCGAUCGAACCUUUAAGAACCACUGAUCUAAGUAGAUGAUGCUACAUAUGUAGAAAAUCACAGUCCAGGAAAAUGAGCAAACUACAUAAAUAACAUCCUGUAAUUGGAUUUUGAUAGAAUGUUCUUUAUCUUGAUAGAUUGAAAAUUAACACCAAUGAGUUGACUGAUGAACAUUAUCACAAAAACUUAGAAUUUUGGCAGUAUUAUAAUAAAAGUCGUAAUUUUACUCAACGCAAGUCAAAAUUUUACAACAAAAACUGAACAUUUGUGUAAUAUUAUGAUAAAAGUUGGAAUUUAACUCAAUAACUGUUGCAAUUUAACCAGAAAAGCUUAACAUUUUGGCAAGUUUAUGAAAAGAGUUGUACUUUUACUCGACAAAAGUCACAAUUUUAUAGGAAAACUUAAAAAAUGUUGGCACUAUUAUAAUAAUCAUCAGAAUUUUGAUUGGCAAAAUUAAGACAAAAGUCACAAUUUUACUCAAAACCCACCCCAAAAAUUGUCAAUAUUGUGAUAAAAGUCAGAAUUGUAUAUGACAAAUGUUGCCAUUUUGCAUUAAAAAGUAAUAACUAGGGGUGGGCAAAUUAAUGCGUUAAUUAUGAGUUAACUCAUCAAUCUAUUAACGCCGACAAUUAUUUUAUCGCGUGGCGCAGUGGUAGAGUGGCCGUGCGCAACCCGAGGGUCCCUGGUUCAAAUCCCACCUAGUACCAACCUCGUCACGUCCGUUGUGUCCUGAGCAAGACACUUCACCCUUGCUCCUGAUGGGUGCUUGUUGGCGCCUUGCAUGGCAGCUCCCUCCAUCAGUGUGUGAAUGGGUAAAUGUGGAAGUAGUGUCAAAGCGCUUUGAGUACCUUGAAGGUAGAAAAGUGCUAUACAAGUACAACCCAUUUAUUUACGUAUGUUGUUUACAUGCUUUUAUUUUGUUAACGCCUUUUCUUAACAAGAUGGCGUCGAGGGGCUCUUGGUAAAGAUGGAAAAUUUGGCAAAAAUACCGGACAAUUCUGCAAAUUUCAUGGCUGGCUUACAGCGUGGUCACUCCGGGAUCACUUAUGACCGCCAGACAAUUCUGGAUGUGGAUAGAUCGGGCCGUUUUGGACUGAAUGACGCGUGCUUGCUAGACCGGCCAGCUAGCAUGGGAAUACUUUGCCGGCUACAUCCAGCGGCCUGUGAAGCAGCGGAGUAUAUGUGUUGUCUGUCUAUUUAUGAAUAAUGCAGACGAGGAGUGUUUGCUGAGUUCUUAACGUUUACUUUCAGAGCGUGCAUAUCACAACAUACAAGAUGCCGUCAUGGCGACACAACCUAUACCGGGCUACCGCGCAUGCUCGUCACUCCUGUUGCAUGCUGGGUAGGGUAGUUAUUUUAUUCCCUGGCUCAUAACAUCACAAUAUAGUACCAUGUAUAUGUGUUCAGUUUAUCAAAGCACCAAGCAAACAAUCGGAAAAUUCCCAUCAUAUCAAUUCCUAGAUAUGGUCAUAAUUAUUUUAAGUGCACUACGUAGAAUAAACACAACAUUAUUAAUAUUGCUACUACGUAUAAUUUGAUCAAAAAUUCCCUAAAACAGCCCACUACCUAUAAUAUAGGUUUUUUAAACAUAAGAUCCCUGAUAAAAAAAAAAGGUUUCUGCUGUUACCUCAGAAAUUGCCUGUUCAGAUGUUAUGAUUGUGGCUCAGAGAUUUGUAUGUAGAUUAUAUUUAUUUUCCAUAACAAACAGGAUAACUUAAAUACCCUGGCAGUGGUAGUAAUAAGCUUAAAUGUUUGUAUUUAAUUUUUUUGAGUUGAUUUUCAUAAAAUGUGCUAUUUAACUGCUACUGUUUAAAAAGGACUGAUUUAAAUUGUGUUUGCACAACAAAUCUUUUGGCGCUUUUGUUCAUGUGGGAGAAUAUUCCAAUAAAGGUGCUACACACUA